GAAUGGAAUGACUAUAAUCUACGAUGGAAUGAAACUGAAUAUGGAGGCGUGAAAGAUCUGCGGAUAACACCGAAUAAGCUGUGGAAGCCGGAUGUGCUGAUGUACAACAGCGCGGAUGAGGGAUUCGAUGGCACGUAUCACACCAACAUUGUGGUCAAACAUAACGGCAGUUGUCUGUACGUGCCCCCUGGUAUCUUCAAGAGCACAUGCAAGAUAGACAUCACGUGGUUCCCAUUUGAUGACCAACACUGCGAAAUGAAAUUCGGUAGUUGGACUUACGAUGGAAAUCAGUUGGAUUUGGUUUUGAAUUCCGAAGAUGGAGGGGAUCUUUCCGAUUUCAUAACAAAUGGCGAGUGGUAUCUGCUUGCCAUGCCGGGCAAGAAGAAUACCAUCGUCUACGCCUGCUGCCCGGAACCCUAUGUGGACGUCACAUUUACGAUACAAAUUCGACGGCGUACAUUAUAUUAUUUUUUCAAUUUAAUUGUGCCGUGUGUGCUGAUAUCAUCGAUGGCUUUAUUAGGAUUUACACUACCUCCCGAUUCGGGCGAAAAACUAACAUUAGGCGUAACUAUACUUCUAUCCUUAACAGUAUUUCUAAAUCUUGUUGCCGAAUCCAUGCCGACAACGUCGGACGCUGUUCCUCUUAUAGGUACACUGCAAAGCAAAGAAAAUAAAAAUAAAAAUAAAAAUAAAAAUAUUAGAAUUUAA